GCGUGGUUGUCGAAUCUUCUGUGUUUUGGUCGUCGACGGGCUUGAAACAUCAAAAGUUGGCGAAUACAUACUUUGCCAAAUUUUCGAUUGUGAUGCCGAAUUUAAGGAGAAUUCCAUAGUGAGAAGAGAGAUUUAUGUUUUGAAACUGUGCCAGUUCAAAUUUCUAGUUUCGAAAUGUCUGGAGGUGCUUCAGGUGCUGGAGACGACGAGUCAAGCUCUGGCCAAACAAAUCAUGAAUCGACUGAGCCUGAAAAAUUAAUAGAAGCUGGUCAGGGUGAAGAGGCAAAAGAAUCUGUUCAGGAAGAAGAUGCUGAAAAGCAAAGACUGGAGAACGAGGAGAAAAUAAGAGAGGAGAAUCGAAAUUAUCUAUUAGAUUACAUCCGCGAAACGGAAGAAAGGUAUCGGGAGAGAGAUGAGAACAGGAAGAAAAACCUUCACGUGACCAGGCCUGAAGAGUCGCACUUCAGCAAGUUGGACUCGAAUUUGAAGAAAAACACAGCAUUUGUCAGGAAAAUUAAAAAUUUGACCGCAACCCAAGAAGAAGCCCUUUUGAAGGACAUGAAGACGCUGAACCUGACCAAGUACAUCAGUGAAAUUGCUGCUGGCCUCGUGGAGGCCAAGCUGAAAAUGACCGACGUCCAAGCGGCGGUCAACAUUUGUGCGUACCUGCACCAAAAUUAUGCAGAGUUCACGGGACACCUGCUUGAAAACUGGCACAAGGCGCUCACCUUCAAAAAGGACGAGAAGAUUCAAAACAUAAGCAAGUUGCGAGUGGAUCUUCGUUUCUACGCCGAGCUGAUCAACGCAGGAAUUUUCACAAACAAAGAGGGUCUUCCACUGCUCGGCACAAUCCUGACCAACUUGACCGGCAUGGACAAGGAGGAACACAACAACAUCAAUGUCAUUCUCAGUUUCUGCAGACACUGCGGCGAAGAUUACGCAGGACUGAUUCCCCGGAAAAUUAGGUUGCUUUCGGAAGAGUUCAAAAUGCUGGUGCCGACGAGCAAGCUUUUGAUGCCUGAGAAGCAGAAAAACGUCCGGCAGCUCUUCAAGGAUUACUGCACAAGCUUGUGCAAACACUUGGUUGAAACCCACAAAGAGCUGAGGCAGUUUGAGUACCAAAACAAGAAAAUUCUGCAGACCAAAGGCGAAUUGUCUCCGAGUCGGAAAGAAAAGGCCGAAGCUCUGCACACUGCGUACCGAAAACUCUACGAAGGCACUCAGUCCUUCUGUGAAAUCCUGGACGAGGACAUGCCCGAGCUGGAGGCCGAAGACAUUGCCAGGAGUGAGGAGCAGGACCUGAAGGUGACCGGAAUGGACGCCGAGGAAUUCACCAAGGAGUCGCUUUUGUGGGAGGACGAGGAGACGAGAUACUUUUACGAAGAGCUUCCCGACCUGAAGGCGUUUCUGCCGAGCAUUCUGUACAAGGACAGCGCCCAGGCAACCAUCCAGCCUGAACCUGAGGAGGUCACCGAGUCCAAGUUGGACGAGGAGUUGGAGGAAAUCGAGGAGGGCAAGGAGGAGGCCAAGAAAGAGGACACUCCGCCUGUCGAAAUUGAAGAACCUGAAGAGCCGGAGACGACGACGAACGCGAGCAACAAAAUCGUGAUGGACGCGUUCGUGAACCACGUGAUGAACUGCGUGAGUCGGGACAUGAUCGACAACGCGGCGUCCGAGUUUGUUCUCAGCCUGAACACGAAGAUCAACCGCAAGAAACUGGUGCGGUGUCUCUUCGGGGUGCAGCGGACCCGAAUCGAUUUGCUGCCGUUCCUGGCCCGACUCGUGGCCACCCUGCAUCCCUGCAUGCCCGACGUGGCCACCGACCUGGCCCUCAAACUCAAGCAGGACUUCAAGUACCACUUCCGAAAAAAGGACCAGAUCAAUAUCGAGUCCAAAAUCAAAGUGGUUCGAUUCAUCGGAGAAAUGGUCAAGUUCAAAAUGUACUCAAAGGUGGAGGCGCUGUACUGCCUGAAACUGCUGCUCCACGACUUCACACACCACCACAUUGAAAUGGCCUGCAACCUGCUCGAAGUUUGCGGCAGAUUUCUUCUUCGAUCUCCGGACUCGCACCAGAGGACCAAAGUUUACUUGGAGCAAAUGAUGAGGAAAAAGUCUGUGAUGGCGCUGGACUCUCGUUACGUGACCAUGAUCGAGAACGCGUAUUACCACGUCGACCCUCCCGAGGUGGGUCCGGGACAGAUGAGGGAGGAGUUGCCUCCCCUGCACGAGUACAUCCGCAAACUGGUGUACCAAGACCUGAGCAAGCAGACGACGGACCGAAUCCUGCGGCAGAUGCGCAAGCUCAAGUGGAACGAGGCCGAGUCGGCCGCGUUUGCCGUCAAGUGCAUGACGCACGUGUGGAACGUCAAAUACCUCAACAUCGGCUGCUUGGCCAGUCUGCUCGCCGGUCUCGCCGCCUAUCAAGACGCGGCAGCCACGCAAGUGGUCGACGGCAUUUUCGAGGAAAUCAGGCUCGGAAUGGAACAGAAUCACCCAAAGUUCAAUCAGAGGCGCAUCGCCGUCAUUAAGUUUCUCGGCGAGUUGUACAAUUAUAGACUGGUUGAGAGCGGAGACAUUUUCAAGGUUUUGUACUCGUUGAUCACGUUCGGCGUCAGCGAAGACCGGGAAAAUCCGUCGCCGCUGGAUUCGCCUGAGAAUCUGUUCAGGAUCAGGCUGGCGUGCGUUUUGCUCGACACGUGUGGACAGUAUUUCAACAGCGGCACCAGCAAAAAACGGCUCGACUACUUCUUUGUCUACUUCCAGAAUUACUUCUGGAUGAAGCGAUCGCACCCGAUGUGGACGGAAGAUUCUCCGUUUCCGCUGGGGCUGGAGUACAUGUACCGCGACACAGUGACCACCCUGCGGCCACGGUUGCAGCUGCACACGGAGUGGGAGGCGGCCAAGGAGGCCGUCAAGAAGCUGCAGGAGGAGCUGAUGGCGCUGCUGCCCAAGGAGGAGCCCGCGGAGGAGAGCAACGCGGCCGGCGGGCUGGCGCCGAUCGCCGAGACGACCCAGGAGGAGGAGGAGGAGGAGGAAGAGUGGAGCGAGGAGCAGCGCCGCACGCCCGACCUGCGGCCCAAGGCGCGCGGCCAGAGGCUCAGUCUGCACACCAUUCCCGAGAACGAGGAGGACCUCGAGGGCCAGAUCGAGGACACGUCGGACAACGACAACUCGGAGCAACACGAAAUUGGCCAGGAGCAAACCGAGAGCUACUCGCAGUCGCAGGAUGAAAACAUGGUCCUAACUGGAGACGACGUGGAGUUCCCUGUAGAAAUGGACGGAGACGGCGACGACUCUGUGGUGUCGAAACAUCCGCGGAAAAUCGAGUGUGCCGAGGACGACGACUUCAUGACUGCCUUCGACAAAAUGGUCUCGGAAAACAUCCAGGAUCGAAUGAAGGAAACCGUCAAGCCGCCUCGAGUGGACAUUUCCGUGCCCAUGAACCUCAAAAGCAGCUCCAGCAAGAAAGGCUACGAUCAAUUAAUGAUGGAGCCAAAGGAGGCGGACGAAGAGAGGACGAUAAAUUUUGUCCUCAUGGUGCGCAAGGGAAACAAACCGCAGUUUAAAAAUCUCGAAGUGCCCGUCGACUCGGAGCUGGCGCUGAAUUUGAAGAACAGAGAAGAGGCUGAGAGGGCGGAAAAGGAGAAAGUGAAGAAGUUGACCCUGGACAUAAACGAGCGGCUCGAGGAGGAAGAUUAUCAGGAAAUGUUGGCGCAGCUCCAAAGACCGGCGACGGUUGUUCCAGGCCGAGAGCGCCGGCCCAAGUAUCAGCACCCCAAGGGCGCACCUGACGCUGAUCUCAUAUUUGGCCCCAAAAAAUGACCUGAAUAAAUAAGCAGCUCAUCUCGGUCGAUUUGUUUACCAUGGCGAUAAUAAUCACAAUAAAAUUGUUAGAUUUAUUUUGAACCCGUGA